ACUACCAAACAAAAAAGAAAGAAAGAAAGAAACCCAUUCUUUCUAGUACUAUAAAUACCCACCAUGUACCACAACUCUAGAAUUAACAUAAACAAAUGGAGACCCAAAAGUCUUUAAACCAUUUGUCAUCCAACAAUAAUGCAUCAUUCUUUCUUGUCACAAUACUACUAACUCUGUUGGCUUCUUCUUUAGCAAAUGCAGAUGUUUACCAUCAACAAUUUGUUGUCCAAGAAACAAAGAUAACGAGGCUUUGCAAGACCAAAACCAUAAUCACAGUUAACGGACAGUUCCCCGGGCCAACGAUUGCCGUUAGAAAUGGAGACGACGUCGUUGUGAGCGUCGUAAACCGAGCUCGUUACAACAUCACCAUCCACUGGCAUGGAUUGCGCCAGAUGCGAACACCGUGGGCAGAUGGUCCAGAAUACGUGACGCAAUGCCCGAUAAUGCCGGGUGGGACCUACACAUACAGGUUCAAGAUCGAAAAACAGGAGGGCACUUUUUGGUGGCACGCUCAUAGCAGGUGGCUGAGAGCCACCGUCUAUGGCGCAUUUAUAAUCCACCCGAAACCGGGUUCCCAUUUACCUUUCCCCAAACCAAAGAAGGACAUCCCUAUACUUCUAGGGGAAUGGUGGAAGGGAGAUGUGAUUGCAAUCCAGAGACAGGCACUUUCCAGUGGUGGAGCUCCUAACAUUUCAGAUGCUUAUACAAUCAAUGGCCAACCUGGUGACCUUUACAAAUGUUCUAGCCCAGAUACUGUGAAAUUGCGUGUGGACCAGGGAGAAACAAUCCUCCUCCGAGUCAUCAACGCUGCACUCACUCAACAACUCUUCUUCUCCGUCGCCGGCCACAAGCUCAAAGUGGUCGGCGCCGACGGGGCUUACAACAAGCCCUUCACCACCGACGCGAUCAUGGUGGGACCCGGCCAGACGACGAACGUUCUCCUCAAGGCCAACCGCCCAACGGGGAGAUACUACAUGGCCGCGCGCGCCUACGUGACGGCCCAGAACGCCCCGUUCGAUAACACGACGACGACUGCCGUCAUCGAGUACACGAAUUGCAACGGCGGCAGCGCGAGUUUGAAACCGCUCUCACCUAAACUCCCCCGCUUCAACGACACCGCCGCGGCCACCGCGUUUGCGCGGCGGCUGAGGAGUUUGCCGUCGAGCGACUACCCGAGAGUCUUCACUCGCGUGGACGAGAAGUUGUUUUUCACGGUGGGGUUGGGCCUGGUGAAUUGCACCCCGGGGCCCACAUGUCAGGGGCCGAACAACAACACGCGGUUCGCCGCAAGCAUGAACAACGUGUCAUUCGUGUUUCCCAACACGACGUCGUUGCUCCAGGCAUACUACAACAACAUUCCUGGGAUUUACACGCUGGACUUCCCGCCGGUCCCGCCUCGGCGGUUCGACUACAUGGGCAAUGUUCCCCGCGGGCUCUGGCAACCUCAGACCGGAACAAAGUUAUACAAGUUGAAGUUUGGGUCUAGGGUGGAGAUCGUUUUGCAAGACACGAGCAUCGUCUCGAAGGAAGACCAUCCGAUCCAUCUUCAUGGGUACCAUUUCUGGGUGGUCGGACAGGGUUUCGGAAACUUUAACCCUAAGACUGACCCGGCUAAGUUCAACCUCGUCGACCCACCCAUUAGGAACACGAUCGACGUGCCCGUGGGUGGAUGGGCUGUCAUCCGUUUCUUCGCUGAUAAUCCCGGGGUAUGGCUGAUGCACUGUCACAUUGAUUCUCAUCUGGCAUGGGGUUUGGCUAUGGCAUUCAUCGUUGAAAAUGGGGAAGGGGAAAAUCAGACGGUGAAACCCCCGCCGCCGGAUCUGCCACGUUGCUGAGCUUAAACCCGUCGACCGAUCCGACUUCCCGUCUUGAUUUCUUUAUGAUUGUUUUUAGUCCAUAGAUAGGACUAUGGCUCCCAUAUUAAUGUCUGUACUUAUAUUGCAACUUUGUAUCCUGUCACGAGACAUAUAUAUAAAUCAGCCAGCACCAGAAAGUAUGAAUAAAUGAUCCUUUUUUCU